AUGGACUUAAGCAUUACGCGUUCGGCUGAACCUAGUAGCAUUCCACUGUGCAAGGUCUCCAAUAAUCUUGCGAUUAGCCAGCUUCCCAGGAGGAAAAUUGUUGCCCUUUCCCUGCUUCACUCUUCUCUCCAGGCACUGCUUCUUGUUUCCUUGGCUCCUUCUCUUUCAUCAGUGGAAGUCACAACAAGUCCAAAUUUAUCUGUUCAUAUAGAUGGCCAUAAUGACAUUUUCACGUGUGAUAUUUGUGCUCAUGAAAAAUCUACAAGUACUGACAUGUUCAAAAUUUUGGGCUGCAAUCAUUCUUAUUGCAAAAAUUGCAUGGCUAACUAUAUAGCCUCAAAACUCCAAGAGAACAUCUCUCGAAUAUCGUGCCCCAUUAUGGAGUGUAACACGCAAUUAGAACCGCAUAAUUGUCAUUUGAUUUUGCCUAAUGAUGUGUUCGAUAAGUGGGGAGACACGUUGUGUGAGUUGAUGAUUUUGGUGUCCGAGAAAUUUUAUUGUCCGUUUAAGGAUUGUUCCGCGCUUUUAAUUGAUGAAUGCCCGGGCGAAAAUAUGGUUAUUACUCAAUCGGAAUGCCCGGAAUGUAGAAGGUUGUUUUGUGCAAAGUGUAAAGUUCCUUGGCAUUCAGGAUUUGUGUGUGAAGAAUUUGAGAAGUUGAACAAAGAUGAAAGGGAAAUAGAAGGUAUACAACUUAUGCAACUUGCUAAGAAUCAAGAAUGGCAAAGAUGUCCAAGUUGUAGGACGUAUGUUGGGAGAUCAGAAGGUUGUGCACAAAUGAGAUGCAGGUGUGGAUGUGACUUUUGUUACAAAUGUGGGGCACACUCAAGUGAUCACUACUGCAAUAGUUGUGGUACUUAAAAGACAUUUACUGUACUUUUAAGAGUUUUUUUUUU